UAGCAGCGCAGAGGUUAAAGUCUCCGAGGUAAAGCGACACUAUUUAUAAUUAUCAGCAACGCUCUCUACGCAUGUGAAAGUUGGAUUUCAGUCCUCUAAAGGUCGCCUCGGAAGAGCAGCAACAGAAAUUUGGAGAAGCUCAAGUUUUCUCUCAUUAUUGCGAAGCAGAGGGAAUUUCUGAAGCUCAACAGCGUUACUGCAGAAUAAAUAAGCGAAGCAUUGCGGGAAGCCAGAUGAAGCCAUAAAUGAAAACAGUCACGUUAAUGUUUAACCCCUUUCACUUACGCAAGGUCCCUACACAAGCGGCAGGAUGGAGAACGCCGGCUGAAUUCUGCUGAAGGACAACGGGACUCGCGAUUUGCUUUAAUUAUGCUGCCGUCUCCUGGCUAAUUUUGUACAAGGAGCUCUGAAGAAAAAAAACAGUCUUCUGGGACCUGAUUUUGUGAUGUUUUUCUUUGGCCUGUGCAUCCCGUGCAGACCGGAGAGCGCUGCUGAUGGGACGUGGAAGCAAAAUGCAUGACCCCUCCACCUAACAUCCAACUCCUCUUUCUGGAAUGCUCAGUGGAAAAGAGGCAUUCUUCCAGCAUGGAAUCCAGUGCAUACCACAGAACUUAAGGCUCUGCAGGCCUUACGGAAACAGCAGCAGCAGCUCUGAGCAGGCAGCGCUCACACACCUGCCCUGCACCAAAGGCACAUCCUGACCAACCCCGGCCCUGCAGCACCAGCAUCACACACAGCUCCUCCUCCUACCUGGAAAAAGAGUCAUCUCAGCAUUCAUAAAUUUAUCACUAAAUUGCCAUCUAUUCAAAAAAAAAAAAAAAAGGUUCUCUCUCACUUUGCCUUUCAGAUAAUCUGAACACUUAAACCAUGAUGAGAAGAUGAUGCUUGGAAAAUAAAAGAUGAACCCACUCGAUGCAACAAAAUCAGGAUUUUUAAUGUGCAUCGCUGUCUGCGUGUUCAUCUACACUUUUAUCUACCUAAAGGAUACGCUUUCUGAAGAGCCGAAUCAACAAAAAUUUAAUGUGAAUAUAGCAGAGUGUGGCUUUUACCCGGAUGAACUUUGUUCAGCUCUUUUUGUGGGCAAAACCGCUGCUUUUAAAAUUGGAAACUUUUGUCAGAAUACCCACCAACCUCAACCACUCAGCUGCAUUCGGAAUUCGUGCAACUGCUCCAUGGUAGAGAAGACUCUGCAUUUUAUCACAAGACCGCUGUCAGACGAAGAAGGGAAUUUCUCAUUGGCAUACAUUAUCACAAUUCACAAGGAGCUGGAAAUGUUUGUAAAGCUACUAAGAGCUAUUUAUAUGCCUCAGAAUAUUUACUGCAUACAUAUUGAUGAAAAGUCACCAAAAGAUUAUAAAGCUGCUGUACAAAAUAUUGUGAAUUGCUUCGAAAAUAUUUUUAUUUCCUCAAAAAGAGAAAGUGUUGUUUAUGCAGGAUUUUCAAGAUUACAAGCUGAUAUUAACUGCAUGAGAGAUCUCGUUCGUUCCAAAAUUCAGUGGAACUAUGUUAUUAAUCUAUGUGGUCAAGAUUAUCCCAUUAAGACAAACAAAGACAUUAUACAAUACAUCAAAAGUAAAUGGAAUGGUAAAAAUAUGACUCCGGGGGUGGUCCAACCACUUCAUAUGAAACACAGGACACAGGUUAGUUACAGAGAGUAUGUACAUUCUGGAAUGUCAUAUGUGUAUCCAACCAAGAAUAUAAAAGCUAAACCUCCUUAUAAUUUGACGUUAUAUUUUGGUACUGCCUAUUACAUACUCACUAAAGAAUUUGUAGAGUUUACAUUGACUGAUGCACGUGCAAAAGACUUGCUUGAAUGGUCAAGAGACACGUACAGUCCGGAUGAACACUACUGGGUCACGCUGAACCGUUUAACUGAUGCUCCAGGAGCUACACCCAAUGCGGACUGGGAAGGAAACAUCCGAGCCAUUAAAUGGAAAGACCAAGAAGGAACUGUACACAAAGGCUGCAAAGGUCAUUACAUCAGAGACAUUUGUGUCUACGGACUAGGGGAUUUGCAGUGGAUUAUCGAGUCACCUCAUUUGUUUGCCAACAAAUUUGAGCCUGCAACGUAUCCCCUUGUCAUGGACUGUCUGGAGAGACGCUACCGGCUGAAAGUGCUGCACCAGGCACAAGUCCCCAUUGAAGAUCACUGGCGUCUUCAGAAAGAAAACUACUUCAACAUGAAACUGAAUAUUUGAGCUUAACUAACAUUGAAACAAGGGUUCAAAAACACUGACAGAAACCAUUAACGCUUUUAGCCAGACUUCACUCUGUGCAUUAGGAGGGUAAGCAUGACACUGUACUGGCAGUGAAAUAAACAGGUUUUAUUUAUUACAGUAAGAUAAAGAGCGACAAACGCUAAUGAGUUGAUUCUCAAAGAAAAUGAUGUGUCUAUAUCUAUAACUAACUGAAGGGGGAGGUUCAUAAUCCUUCAAGCGACUUAUUUAACUGGAAAAAAUAUAUAUUCCUCAAAAAAAAGGACUAACUGGUAUGAAAAUAAUAAAUAAAAUGGAAGCAAUGAUUGAACAAAGAAAAUAUGAAGAGCACAACUUAAAGUCAUGUUUACUGUGUAUCUUAUGAAAGAGAUUAUUUUGAUCAACGAAGUUCAUGCUAAAAUUUCAGAGCUUGUAGAUGAGCAAGUGACAACCAAUUUCAGACACGUCCAUUUCACUUUUUUUCUCCCCAUGUCCAGCUGCAUCUCUAAUUUCAUUGCGUAGCAUGGCAACAUCGCUUCUGCUACUCAGGCUUUGCUCUUAAUGAAAAGGACACGUGUGCCAGUAACAGUAGCGGGGUCCUGCAAUGCACGUUUACCUUUAAGACCUUGUUUUUGGAGUCUCCGCAGUUUAUGGCAAGGAGACACAGGAAAUUUGAGGCCAGGGGACAAAGGAAAACUGACUGAAAAGCCAUCUUUCAAUCCUGGUGUACCUGGGUGAGGGAAACAAAACUUCCCUGAACCUGGCAACAGUCUGCAGCAACUGGAAAGAACAGCAGGCAGCAACCAGGAUGAGCAUCCUGCUCCCAAAGGCUCUGCUGAGCACACGCAGCACUCGCUGCUCUGCAGUAAGGAAGGAACUUUAAACACACACCGCAGGCAAAACCAGGGAACAGCGAUAAAACAAAAGCACAAGGAUCCAGCCUUUUCCAGGCAAGAGUUGUUCUUUCCUCUUCAGGAGUCUUAAAUUAAUCACUUUUGCAACCGAAAAGAUGAGGGAACAUGAGGAAGCAGGAGGAUGUAGGUUGUGGUCUUUUGCACGGUAUGACAACUCUCCCAUGAAAUUAAACCUCUACACCUCAUCUCCAAAAGUCUUUAGUUGGGUGCUACUGCUGGGAAGAGACCAGGAGAAACCCGAAUUGUGACAAGUCAUUCCAAACUGUUCAUCCCCUUUUACAAGUAUUUUGGCUCGAAUGCAGAUUAAAGUUUCGUUCCAGUAAAUCCAAAUAAAGUCCCAACUUUUGUGCUUUAACUCUGAUGGGAAUGAAUAAAGUACAUCCUGUUACUUACUAACUCAAUUGGAAACUACAAAUUAUAAAUAAAUGUCUAGAAUCAAUUUAGAUAUAAGCUUCACUAUGCAGCCAGAAUAUCACUCAGUUUUUACAGGAAAACUGGCUUGUACAUUAAGUGUUUUUUCCCACAAAAUUACAUGAAUCAACAAAUGACCCAACAAUAGAACGUGAAAGUUUCUUGUUACAAACUUAUUCCCAGGUUCCUGGAACUGUGCUGCUCAUUUUCCCACACCAGUUUCUUGGAAACACAAUUUUCUUUCAAAUGAACUUUAACCUAAAGACAGACCAUCUGGUCCCUAUUUAUUUACAGAAACUUACAAAUUCAACCCAAAGGCCUGUACUUAGUUGCAUUUAUAAUCCAAGACUUGUGGCUAAAUAUUGCUGGAGAUGCUUUUCUUAUGGAGAGAAAUAAAGGAAAAAACAAGCCG